AUGGCGGUGGCUCCAUCCCGAAAUGACCGCCGAAUCAUCCUCCACUUGGAUUAUGACUGUUUCUACGCCUCGGUCUUCGAGGUGGAACAGCCCGUGCUGAAAACCCUGCCGUUGGCCGUUCAACAGAAACAGAUCGUAGUGACCUGUAAUUAUGAAGCCCGCCGGAGGGGGCUGCGCAAACUCCAGUUGAUCAAGGAAGCCAAGCAGAUCUGUCCGGACGUCGUCAUCGUCUUGGGGGAGGACCUGUCCAAGUUUCGCGAUGCAUCAAAAGACAUUUUUCGCUACAUCAGAUCCUUCGUCUGGGGGGAGAGGGUUGAACGGUUGGGGUUUGACGAGUUGUUCUUGGAUGUCACCGAGAUGAUCGCCUACAACGUUGAUCUGCUGAACCGCCAUGAUCUGGAACACUCAUUCUUUCACCUUGACCGCCUGGAACCCACUGUGGGUUUCACAUAUGAUGCCACCCGAGUGUGCGGCUCCACCUAUCCUGCUGGACCGGAUACGACAUUCGGGACUGCGCCCUCUGCGACAGCUGACGAAGACGCAUCCGAGCUUCGCACCCGCUUGCUGGUGGCCUCGCAUUUGGCCGCCUAUCUUCGCGGCCAACUGGAGCAUCACAAAGGCUACACUGCCACGGUGGGGAUUUCGACGUCCAAGCUUCUUGCCAAGCUCGUAGGCAGCACUCAUAAACCGAACAACCAGACCACGCUUCUGCCCCCGUAUGCUACCACGGAUCGAGCUGCGCCCACGAAUGUGGUUGACUUUCUCGACGCGCACGAGAUCCGGAAGAUCCCUGGGAUCGGCUCCAAGCUGACCCAGAAACUCACCAAGUAUCUGACAGAGGGCUCAGCCUUGGUCUCAGAUACGGCCACGAACCCCGACAGGGUGACCGUUAGGGACGUGCGGUUGUUGCCUGGCAUGGGUCCCUCCCUGCUCGAUCGGAUCUUAGGGGGCCCAGGGGCUCCCCGGGAUAUCGGCGCGCGGGUAUGGGGACUCCUCAAUGGCGUAGACAAUACCGAGGUCAUCCAGACCGGAGAUUUGCCAACGCAGAUCAGCAUCGAAGACUCCUACGGUCGCCUCGACACCCUGGACGGUGUCCGCAGAGAACUGAUUUCACUAACAGGGAGCCUACUCCGUCGGAUGCGGACGGAUCUGACGGAAGAGGACAACGGAUCUGACAGCGUAACGGACCUGUCCUCGGAGACCUCGAGACACCCAGGGCUGUCUAAAGUCCGAUGGCUCGCUCGGCCUCGGACCCUGCGGCUGUCCACACGACCCCGGUCCACCACUGACGGCGCCCACGCUCUUCAUAUAGGUAGGAUCUCGCGCUCGGCCCCGUUGCCUGGCUAUGUGUUUCAUGUCGAUGAGAACGUGGACGCGCUGGCCGAGCGACUGGUGCACGACCAGCUCCUCUCCAUGUUCCGCAAGCUUCAUCCGGAGCGGUCGGGGUGGAACCUGCGCUUGAUGAAUGUUGCCGUCACUAACAUGGUCGAAGCAGCUGGGGAUCAGAAGCAGAGUAGCGGCCGCGACAUUGGUAAGAUGUUUCAAAGUCAAGGAUCGCGGCGCAGAGACGCCUUUACAGAGCCGGAGACUGCUUCCGAGAGCGGCCCAUUGAAUCUGCAGCAUGGGGAAGCCCUACGCCCUGUAUAUUUUCCAGCUGCUCCUCCAGUGGUGAACGAUGCCUGGGAAGAAAGCGACGGGGAAGACACUACGAUGGCUUGUGUAGCAUGUGCAGUGUGUGGCGCAUUGAUUCCGCAUUUUGCCCGAGAUGCGCACGAGGUGUUUCAUUUGGCUUCUGACUGA